UGUUCGAUGUUCGUCGGUAGUCCUAGCUCCUAGCAGCACACGGCAGUCCGUGCCAGGUGCUCGUCUCGCUGCAGUCAGCGUGACGCGCGCUCUUUCUAUAUCGGAACUGUUGUCGUGCUGUUUGUUUACUGUGAUAUAACUUAGCAAUCCUACAUUUAAUAUUUGAAGGCCAAGAAAGCAGUGACGUCUCAGAAUGUCUACUGAGGAGGGGGAGCCUGUGGACCUCUACAUCUAUGACCUCACAAAGGGUCUCGCUUCAUUACUGUCACCAACUAUACUUGGGCGCCAGGUGGAGGGCGUCUGGCACACGGCGGUGGUGGUGUUCGGCCGGGAGUACUUCUACGGAGGCGGCGGCGUCACCAGUUGUGCGCCGGGCAGCACCCAGCUUGGGGCUCCGUACCAGGUGGAGCGCCUCGGGACCACGUACGUGCCCUUCCCCGUGUUCCAGGAGUACAUCCAGGGGCUCGCUACUAGCUCCUACACAGGCCAGGAGUACCGUCUGCUGGAGCACAACUGCAACCACUUCAGCGACGAGGUGGCUCAGUUCGUGUGCGGAGCUCGCGUCCCCAAGCACAUCGUUUCUCAGGCCGAGCGGGACCUGCCCCCGCCGCUGAGGGUGGCGCUGCAAGCCGCCCUCGACCACCUCGUGCCGGACGGAGCGCCCGUCUACGGCGGAGUGAGACACAGUCGCCGGGACAGCCCCGACUACCUCACGCUCAACGACCAGAUCGAGGAGGCCAGAGUGGCGUCCCAGGAGCUGGACGCGAGGCGGAGCACGCUCGCGGAAAAGUUGGCGAGGAAGGAGAGGCGGAAGGAAAAGAAGAGGAGAAAACAGAUGGGAGGAGAUCAGUCAGGGGAAGAGGGGGGCGGAGUCGAACUUGGACCCGAGGACACGGAGAGGGGAGGCGAGAUGUCUGAAGCGGUGGAGGUUUUGGAGGCUCGGCCCGGACCCAGCACGCCGCCCCGCGAGGAUGAUCGCCCGCGGCCCAAAGACCCUCCCAUACUGUUCAAGGACAUAGACGGCGUGGCGGAGUACGAGGCGCUCGUGAAAGCUCUGGAGGGAGUCGACCUCAACGAGGAGGAGCGUCGCAGCUUGGACGAGUUACAGCAAUACCUGGUGGCCGGGGAGGGCUCCUGGGUGCUCGGGGAUGACUUCCUCGCCUUCGUCGGUCGCGUGCUGUCAGACUCUUGCUUGGCGUCGGCGGCGCGCGUGUCGAUGCUCCGCUGCCUGUGCUGCGCUGCGCUUCGUGAGGACGUGUCGCUCGUGCUGCAUCAGGACCGUCGCCACCACGCGCUGCUCUCAUACGCGUACAACAUCGACCGCCUCCCGGUGGACGAGCAGCUGGCGCUCCUUCUGUUCAUGGUGAACCUGUUCUCGGGUCCGUCGUCGUCGGAGUGGUUGCUGUACAUCAGCGAGUGGUCGGCGGGCGGGCCUCCUCUGUCCAACAUCCGCGUCACCACCAAGGUGUGCGUGCACGGCGUGCUGGCCCCCGAGCCGGCGCUGAGAGACGCGGGCACCGCGCUGCUGUACAACGUAGCCACCAAGGAGCGCCUGUCGGUGUGUGCGGCUCUCCGUCGCCCGCUCCCCGCCGCUGCCAAGAGCAAGGUGUUCGACGAGGUGUGUGUAGAGCUGUGCAUGGCGGCGCUCCAGCUGUGCUCGUCUGCUCCGGCCGAGGAGCUCCUGUGGCGCGCGCUGGCCUCUCUCGCCCGCCUCGCGGAACACUCACACGACGUGCCGCAACUCGUCGCACUCGUCGGACCUGACCCCAGCGCCUUCAGGGGGACCAGCCCUCGAGUGGACGAGCAGGUGGACCUCAUCACACAGAGAGUAGCGGCGAGGGGGUAGAAGGGGAGAGGGGGGAGAUGGGAGGCGACCUGUACAUAUAGAAGACGGCGGAGAGGAGGGGCGGGGGGACCGGUACAUUAUUAAUGGGUUUUUAAUGUUAUAAUUUAUAAUAAAAGUUAGACUCUGAGCUGACGAAUUCUCGAUAUAUAACUUAUACAUACAUAUAUGAUUGUCGUUUUGUUAACGUCGCCCGGCGACGAAGAGAGUUGCUAUGAUGUAGUGUGAGAUAUGAGCGGUUGAGGUUAUAAAUAAACGGUUUUAAUAAAAUGU